CGCCCGCGGCGCCGGGAAGCCCUGGGCGGUGGGCGGCACGGGGCGCUGCAGUGGCCGGUCUGCGCCUCGGGCGGUCGGGGUCCCGCGGAGCAGAGGAGGCAGACCCAGCAUCAUGGACGCUCUUUCUGAAGCAAAUGGCGCCUUUGCCCUCCGCCUUUUAAAGAUACUGUGUCAAGAUGACCCUUCACGCAACGUGUUUUAUUCUCCCGUGAGCAUCUCCUCUGCCCUGGCCAUGGUCUUCCUGGGGACAAAAGGAGACACUGCUGCCCAGUUGGCCCAGGUGCUUUCUUUAAACACAGAGAAAGACAUUCACGAGGAUUUCCAGGCACUUCUCACCGAGCUGAACAAGCCUGGCACUCAGUACUUGCUCAGAACGGCCAACAGGCUCUUUGGAGAGAAGACCUGUGAAUUUCUGUCUAUCUUUAAGGAAGCCUGUCUUUGGUUCUACCACACUGAGCUGGAGCAGCUCUCCUUUGCCAAAGCUGCAGAGCCGUCCAGGAAACAGAUAAACGCUUGGGUCUCAAAAAAGACUGAAGGUAAAAUUCCAGAGUUGUUGCCGAGUAACUCAAUUGAUGCGCAGACCAGGCUGGUUCUCAUCAACACAGUCUACUUCAAAGGAAGGUGGAAUGAGCAAUUCAACGAAGCGUACACAAGGGAGAUGCCUUUUAGAGUAAACCGGAAGGAGCAAAGGCCGGUGCAGAUGAUGUUUCAGGAAGGCACGUUUAGACUCGCGCACAUCGAGGAGGUGCAGGCCCAGGUGCUCGAGCUGCCCUACGCGGGGGAGGAGCUGAGCAUGGUCAUCCUGCUUCCUGACGACCACGUGGCUCUGAGCUCGGUGGAAAAACAUCUCACUUUUGAGAAAUUCCUCGCCUGGACCCACCCAGACUGCAUGAAAAGCACAGAAGUGGAAGUUUUCCUCCCGAGAUUUAAACUGGAAGAGGCUUAUGACCUGGGGUCUGUGCUGCAGGGUCUGGGGGUGGUUGACGCCUUCCAGCAGGGCAGGGCUGACUUCUCGGCCAUGUCAGCCGACAGCGACCUGUGUCUGUCCAGGUUUGCGCACAAGAGUUUGGUGGAGGUGAACGAGGAAGGCACGGAGGCCGCGGCCGCUGUGGCCGUGACAGUGGUGGAGUGUUGCCUGGAGUCUGGACCCAGGUUCUGUGCCGACCGCCCCUUUCUUUUCUUCAUCAGGCACAACAAAGCCAGCAGCAUUCUCUUCUGCGGCAGGCUUUCCUCCCCAUAGGGGAGGCACUCACCGUGCGUGGGAGCUUCUCCCUCUCUGUGUCCCCAAAUCCCACUCCACAGCGCCCGGAGGAUGGGCCUGGGCAGGCUCCCACCCGGCUGAAUGAUCCGCCAGCACCAUCCCUCGCUUCUUCCCCUGCUGACCACUUGUUUGUGCUACUUAAGCAGGAUCGCGGGACAGGAGACCUUAACGAUUCCCUGCUGUAUUUGAGAAGCAGCCCAAACCCCACAGGAUGGCAGGCAAAGCGCUCCUCUGUGGCCCCAGACCUACUUCCCACUCAUUCCGUGUACCAUCCUCUCGAGUUACGCUGUGUUCUCAACUCUGGUCACAUACUUGCCUUAGGCCAUUUCAGUAGUAAUAGAUGCUACUCGCUAUCGCUACCAUUUUAUAGAUUUCCUGGUGCUUGUGCUUUUUAGGAAGUUUCUUUAAUGCUCAUUUUCAUUUUAUCUUUCUUUAACAUUCAUUGGUCACCACGAAUGUUCCAAAUACCGCAUCAGGUGCUGGGGCCGCAAAGGGGUGGAGUCACGGUCCCCUGGCACCGGCCUGCUAGUGCCCAUGCCGGAAUUAGGCAGCUUUGAGGACAACCAGGCUGGACUAGGUGAUGCCCUUAAACUUACCAUGUGACCCCUUGUAGGGAUCACACCUUUCUUCGUGUUACUGUAUUUCUGCACCUCAAACUCUAACGGUAAAAAUUCCAUUCAACCGUUAAAGCUCCAAUGUCUUCUUCUCCGAGAAAUGUUUCCUUUUCUGCAUAACCAGACGUGCGUCUUUGAACUCUCACUGCACCAAGGGAGGGCAUGUCUCUUAUGGUAGUUGCGUUCUCCAGCCAGACUCUAAGUUCAUCAGGGGUUGGGACUGUGUUUUACACAUCAGUGUGCCACUUAUUGUGCACCGAUAAGCAGUUUGAUCUUUGAUGAGCUCUGUGACUUAAAAAAAAAACGGAUUAGAAAUCAGCGAUUUUAUUGGGUUUUUUUUUAAAGAAUUCUUUUUAUCGAGGUGAAAUUCACAUAACAUAAAAUUACCAUUUUAAUGUGAAUAUAAUGUGCAUUGGCCUUUAACAAUGUUGUGCAACCACCACGGUGAUCUAGUUCCAAAAAUAUUUUAUCACCCCAAUGGAAAACCCUGUACCCACUAAGCAGUUACUCCCCAUUCCCUCCUCCUCCCAACCCCCGGCAGACACCAAUCUGCUUUCCAUCUCCAUGGAUGUACCUGUGCUGGUAAUUUCAUGUAAGUUGAAUAGUAUAAUAUAUACCAUAUACUCCU